AAUGAGUUCGAUUUUCUAACCCGGAAGUGAAGAAAUGCAGACAGCCAAGUCGGUAAAUGACAUGUUUAUGUGAGAAAUUUAUUGCAAAACGCUAUGGAAUUGACAUGAACGGGAUGCCAGAACACGAUGACAAUUUGUUUGACUGGAAGAAUCGUCUUCAAAUUUACGGAGUCUUACUGAAACGCUCCGCACAAUCAAAAUGGAUGAGACGGUUUUUUCUGGUGAGAGAUGGAUGGUUGUUUUACUAUCCAGAGACAGAGAGGAAGGACUUCCCUAGAAGAAACUUUUUCAAUGUCAAUCCAAAGGCAGCACUACCAUUAGGUGUGUGUAGUAUCAGUGUAAGUAAGGAGCAAGGCCAGCCAUCAGCUUUCACCAUCUCUUCGGAGGAAAUUGAGGGAAACUUGACACUGGCAGCAGAGAAUGACUAUGAGAGAGAUAAAUGGAUCACAGUACUAGAGAAAUCCAAACGAAUAACGUGGGAUAACCAGCAGAUGUCAGAUGAUCUGAUUAGGCAGUUGGAGGAACAUGGUCUCACCUUGGCCAAACAGAAACAGGACUACUUUGAUCGGUUGCAGUCUGAAGUCCUGGAAUUGGCUGAUGAAAAAGAGAAGACUUGGGAGCUGGAGAGACUGAAUGAGGAACUGGAGAAAGAGAAGGCGAAGAUGGAAAGUUUUGCAGAAGAAAUGAAAACAGAUUAUGAGAAGGUUAAAAGUGAGCUGGAGGACAUGCAGAGUUACAUGAAAACUUUGGAUACAGAAAGAUCUGAACUAUCGCAACAACUCAGUGCACAGGAAAGUGAUCUCAAGGCAUUAGCAACAGAAAAGGAAUCUAUUGUGGCAACAUUGAAGCGACAGAAGUCUGUUACAGAGCAGAUAAGUCAGGAGAAAGAACAGACAGAAGAAGAAAUGAGGACCAAAUUAAGAAAGAUAGAAGAACAAACAAAAUCACUGCAACAGGAGAAAGCAGAAGCAGAAAUGAGAUUACAAGAGAACAAGCAACGUGCUAAGGAAUUGGAGGAAGAAAAGUUGAUGUACAACGAACAAGCUCAGGAGUUACAAUCUACAAUAAAGGAUUUGACGGUACAGAAAGAGAUGACAGAAGCUGAGCUCAAGGAAGAGAUUAUGGCGAGAAUGGAAGCAGAGAAACGUCUGAAGAAUGCAGAGAAAUCGCUACAUAAACUUCACCAUGCUGUGGAGAAUGAGACGCCUAACAUUGAGACAGAUGUCAAGGAAGAAAUGGUUGUGAAUGUUAACAAACUUAAAGCCUUUUUUGAGAACCUUGCCCAGGAGGCAAAGAUGGACCCAGAUAAACCUGUAGUUAUGAAAAACUCGAUUCACGCACGUAAAACUAUCAUGAGGAGGAACAAAACUCGCAAAUUUGAGCGACGAAAAUCAAGCAGUAUGCGAGCCAAGUCGAUGAACAUGGACCAGGUUCUGACGAGAGGUUCUAAAACUUUCAGUCCGAGGAGAGCACAGUCUACAUUUGUACGUAGUACUUCACAAUCCGAGGACGACACAGACCCAGUCAAACUUACACCAAUCCCGCCAUUGAAAGAAGUUUACACAGAACAUUUUUGAUAUACCUAAUAGGAUAACUGUUUCAGCUAAUGCCAUUUUGUCCCGGAACAUUCUUGAUUUUUAUGCGAUAAGUUAAAUUGAACUGGAGAAGUUGUUAGAUCCAGGUCUGCUCUACCAUAUGUACCUAAACCUGCUCUUCUGUUGUUGGAAAUAUUAUGUCUUUCUCUAGGUAGGGUUUCGCACUUUUUGCAUUUGUUACAGCACCAGUUUAUAAAACCUGCAGUCUUGCUUUAAACACUGAUUCUCACUAAUGACACACAUUGAGGGAAGAAUCAUUUAAUAUUUGUACUACUAAAUUAUUGUCUGUAACUUAUAUUUAUCUUGGUUUGAAACUGCAUCAAUUCAUUCUAGAUUCAAGGUUAAACAUUUAGUACUAAGAUGUUUCCUGGGUUUCUCUUUGGAUACAAGACAAUGUUAUUAAUAUGAUAUAUUAUUGUAAAAAAACUCCAAGAGUGGCUUGUUUUGAUAUUUGAACUAUCUUGAUUGAUUCUUAUUUUGUCAUCAUAAAAUAAUUUUAAAAGGGUCUUUUCUGUUGUUGAUUUCAGUCACUUUAAAAAAUUAUGAUGUUCAAACAACUGUAGCUGAAUCCAUAUAAAGCUUCCAAAAUAUGUUUGUUAGCAAAAAAAAAAAGUGCAUAUGUAAAGACAUUUAUCCUAUUGUUCAUAAUCAGCCCGGUGCUUUCUAAGUGUAUGUCCCUUUCAUAAACAUUUUAAAAACAGCACAUAGUAUAUGAUGCACUAGUUCUCACUAUUGACCAAAGCCAUUCAACAUGUGUUCAUGUAUGAUACUGCACUCAUUAGCUCACCAGAGCCAAAGGCUCAGGGUGAGCUAUUCUGAUCACUCACCGUCCGUUGUCCGGCGUCUGGCGUCUGUAAACUUUUAUUUUAAACAACAUCUCCUCAUAAACCGCUAGGCCAAUUUCAUCUAAACUUCACAGGAAUGUUCCUUGGGUGAAGCUCUACAAAAAUUGUUCAAAGAAAAUUGGAAUUCCAUGCAGAACUCUGGUUGCCAUAGCAACCGAAAGGAAAAACUUUAAAAAUCUUUUUCUAGAAACCUAGAGCUUAGAUAUUUGGUGUAGAGCAUUGCCUAGUGGACCUCUACCAAAUUUUUUCAAAUCAUGACCCUGGGGUCAAAAUUGACCCCGCCCCAGGGGUCACUUGAUUUUACAUAGGAAAAUCUUAAAAAAUCUUCCUCUUGAAAACCAGAAGUCCUAGAGCUUAGAUAUUUGACAUGUAGCAUUGCCUAGUGGACCUCUACAAAAUUUGUUCAAAUCAUGACACGCGGGGUCAAAAUUGACCCCGCCCCAGGGGUAACUUGAUUUUACAUAGGAAAAUCUUCAAAAAAUUUCUAAAAAUAAACCAGAAGGCCUAGAGCUUAGAUAUUUCACGUGUAGCAUUGCCUAGUGGACCUCUACAAAAAAAAUUCAAAUCAUGACCAUCGGGGUCAAAUUGACCCCGCCCCAUGGGGUUACUUGAUUGUACAUAGAAAAAUGAUCAAAAUUUUCUAAAAAUAAACCAGAAGGCCUAGAGCUUAGAAAUUUAACAUGUAGCAUGGCCUAGUGGACCUCUACAAAAUUUGUUCAAAUCAUGACCCCAGGAUCAAAAUUGACCCCGCCCCAGGGGUCACUUGAUUUUACAUAGGCAAAUCUUCAAAAUAUUUCUAAAAAAAAAACCCAGAAGGCCUAGAGCUUAGAUAUUUCUCAGGUAGCAUUGCCUAGCGGACAUCUACAAAAAAUUUUCAAAUCAUGACACCCGGGGUAAAAUUGGCCCUGUCCCAGGGGUUACUUGAUUGUACAUUUGAAAAUCUUCGAAAAAAAAAUUCUAAAAAUCAUCAGUUUGACAUUUGAAACAUGUAGGUCUUAUUACUCAGGUGAGCGGGCCAGGGUCAUCACGACCCUCUUGUUUUUAGCUUACCAGUAGACUAUAGCUAGCAAAGACUUAAUUGGUAAGCUCAAAUUAUUGUUCCUUCAAUAUACUUGCUACAAAAGUUGUUUUCUCAACAAGACCAGGUUUACCUCACAAUAUUUUUUUUUGUAGAAUGUACAUGUUAAAUAUCAAAUUUUGCUUAAAACUUAAAGUUAGAACUGUAUUUGCAAGAUCCUUGAAUAUUGUUACCAAUGUUUCAGCUGCAAGAUCCUUGAAUAUUGUUACCAGAGUUUCAGCUGCAAGAUCCUUGAAUAUUGUUACCAGUGUUUCAGCAGCAAGAUCCUUGAAUAUUGUUACCAAUGUUUCAGCUGCACCACUGUAUAGUUUUAAAGACAUGUUUAGAUGUAGUAUGUAUACUUCAAGAACUGUUGUAAGCCAUAUUCACUGGUAGAUGUAGUAGGGCAGAGUGCACAUAUACUGCCUUGCUAUACAAACUGGCUUUUAUAGUGAUGAGUUUGAGUAUUUGCCUUUGGUGUGAAAUGUUCUUGGUUUGAUUCCCGGCCGGGUCGAGGAAUUUUCUGUCUGAUACAUACAUAUAUUUAAGUGUUUAUUUUACCUGUUGAUGUUUAAUUGUUAAAUAUGCUGUAACAGAAACUGUUAUUCAGAAGUUGUAAAGGAACAUAUGAGCCGUGCCAUGAGAAAACCAACAUAGUGGGCUUUGCGACCAGCAUGGAGCCAGACCAGCCUGCGCAUCCGCGCAGUCUGGUCAGGAUCCAUGCUGUUCGCUUUCAAAGUCUAUUGCAGUUAGAGAAUCUGUUAGCGAACAGCAUGGAUCCUGACCAGACUGCGCGGAUGCGCAGGCUGGUCUGGAUCCAUGCUGGUCGCAAAGCCACUAUGUUGGUUUUUUCAUGGCACGGCUCAUAUGAAAUGUUUUCAUGACUUGAAUACUUUUGUACAGAGGAUUGUUAUACUAAAAAUAAGUUUAACAUAUCACAUUGUGUAUAUCUGUAAGUUAUUGUUCAGUUUGUUAUUGUAUAUUUUGCUGAACUUUAUUUUGUUUUCUUCUGUAAAUGCUUCCAUUUAAGAAAAGUGUAACCAUUUAUUGGAGAAAUGUUUGUCUUUAUUUGAACUUAUACAGUAAAGCACCAACUGCUCUCUCUGAGAUGAGCUAAAUAUUGGAGUUUUCUAGGGUCUCCAUAGGCCCAAACAUAUAACAUCUAAGGAGAACUAGGUAGGGACACUAUAUGAAAUGCUUGAGUCAGUCCUUGUAUUCAAGCCAUCAUUACUUGUGCGAUUGAUAUUUUACUGUUUAAUUCACAUCAUGUAAAUUUUCUCUCUUUGUGUGAACAGAAAUUGAAGUAUGAUUAGUUCAUGUUCAAAUGUUGUUAUCUUACCAUGUCUGUUAUAUGCAUUCCUUAUGUGUAUAUUAAUCAUCUUUUCAGAAUAAAUACAAAUAUUGGUAGUAAGGAAUACUGACCUUUAGCCUGCUGGCAGCAAGUGAUUCUGCCUUUGCGACCAGUGCAGACCAAGAUCAACCUGCACAUCCAUGCAGUCUGAUCAUGGUCUGCACUGUUAGCUAUUCAGUCAGUAAAUUUUCAGUGAACACCCCUUCGAAUAAUAAAUGGUAUUGUCUGAAUUGAAUAAUGGACCAGUCCAUUGUAGAAAUUUAGCAGGGUAAGGGCUACAUAUCCUUAGAAGUUUUGACACAGGCAUAUGCAACAUUGACAUGAUAAAAAAUGUUGGUGUGUUGAUGUCACACAAGGUUUCCAGAAUCAGUGUACAUGGUAUACUUUCAGAGGCUUCACUGACAGAAAUAAUGGAAGAUAUCUGGUCUUGGAGCAUAAUAAUUUUUCUGCAAAAGAUUUUUGAGAAAUGCUUAUUUUUGACACGAAUAAAAGUCCAUAACAAUUUUAAUAAAACAGUCAAGCUUCGUUCUCUCAAACUCGGAUAAUUCAAACACCACUCUUCAUUGUAUUCUAUUUGAUGGCUCGAAUUACCAAUAACUCGAAUAAUUUUUGCUGGUCCUGUCAAGUGCAAGUAAAUUAGGUUUGAAUGUAUGCAAAUUUAAGGAAACUUUGGCAGAUUUGAAGAAGUGGUGUUUCACAAGUUUAUAACUGACUCCAACAUUCAUUGAAACCAGGUAUUUAAUUUUUGUAAAUAACAUGCGAUGGAUUCUAUAUAAUCAUCAAUUACAGCACAAGCUCUAUGUCCACAUUAUGACAAAGGUCAUGCUUCAAGUAUCACAAAAGAAACAACCAUAUUAGAUUAGAUUUUAUUAAUAAUGAUGAACAUUUAUCAAAAUAUUUGUAUUUAAGUUGCAAGAAUGAAGUAUUUGUAAAUUCUGAGUGUUCUUAAUUUUGUUUUGACUCUGUUAUGUGCCAUUUUGUUUACAGUAUUACUGGCAGUUAUUUUCAUAGUACAGCAUUUUCAAGAAUUUUCUGUAAAAAUUUGACAGCUGUCUUGAUGCCUUAUACAUUUGAAACUUCCCAGUGAAUAGAUUGAAGUCAGAAAGCUUUUUAAACUAUCUAAAAUAAAUUUCUUUAGGUAAGAGAAUUUUGAGAGGAAUGGUGAAAGUACAGCCAGGUUAGGGUUUGGCUUUGAUUGUACUGUGAUGAUAGCUUUAUAUUUCAGGAAUGUAGGAUCAGUGUAGUUGCUAAAUGUAUGUCUAGGUAUAAUAUAAAAUAUAUUGUCAGUAUAUGACCUUCAUUAAUAUGUUUCUUUAACAUUUAAAGGAACGUUUGUGUGUAUCAGUUUGUUAAAUGUAUAGAUUUAUGCUUCCAUUCCUUGUCUGAGAAAACAGAUGCCAGGUACCUGCACAUAAAUACUCUGCUUUGUAUUUGCUCAUCAGUCAUUUUGUUGUCUUUAUAUCAAGGAAAAAUUUCAAAUAAGCUCACUAAUGAAAUACCGUAAAGUGAGGUUUUCUAAGAAGCAGGCUCACAAAGGAUAAAGUAACAAAUUAAAUGACCUGUGUUAGUUAACUCACCUCAGGGUUUGGAAAUUAGUUUCAUUUUUUAAAAAAUUAUUAAUUGUUCCUCAAUAGUGAUUUAUCAUAGUACAUGCUAUUUGUUUGUUUUUCAUGUGCCAAUUGCUAUUGUUAACACAUUUACAGCACAUUGUUUUUUAUAGUUCUUUAAACUUAUGUGAGAGGUAACAGUUUCAUAUCUGUACCUGUACAUGCAUUGUUAUAUAAGAUUUCAUUCCUUUUAUCAAUAAGCAUCUGUGGUGUCAAAAUCAAGAAUAUAGCAAUUUCUUCCCAUGACUAUAUAUGUUUAAAGUAUAAUUUUUAAAUUAAUGUUUGAAGUCUUAAAUUUGAGCCAGCAAGUCAUUGACUUCGUUGAAUAUUUUUAGCAGAUUUACUUUAUAGAGAUUUACAGUGAGUUUGCAUUCAGGUACAAGUAUCCAAAUUGCAGCAUGUUUUGUAAGGAAUUGAGAUGUGUUCAUUUAGUUCUGUUUUUACAUUGGAUCUGUUAACCUUGUGAAGCAUUUAUUCUGUUAUAAUAUAGCAUUGCAUUGAAUUGUUUGUUUUGAAACCUCUUUCUGUGAUACAUUUCAUUAUCUCUAAGCUCAUGUAUUAUAAUCACUGACUUUGUUGUAAAGGGUUUUUUAUGGUCACCUGAGCCGUAGUGUUCAUUGUGAGCUUUUGGGAUUGCUGAAUGUCCAUGAUCUGUCGAUCACCUACAGUUUGCUUCAGACAACUUCUCCAGGUCACCUUCAAAGUACAAAUAUGUUGAUUA